AGCAUCGCCUGUUCUUACCACAUUCCCUAUAAUUUAUGAUAUAAUUAGUAAAUAAACAAAAUGGCUGAAAAGACAUGUGCUUCUGACUCAGAAGAGAAGCGACCCCAAUUUGGGAGUAGAUAUUUGACAGAUAAUUCAAAUGUUUUUGAACAUAAUGCCUGGGAUGAUGUGGAAUGGGACAGUGAACUUGAGGAAGAAGCUAAAGAAAAGAUUAAAAUUAAUUCCGUUGUUUCAUUGAAUGAAGAUGAAAUAGAAAAGUAUGAAGAAGAUGCUGGAAAAUUCUGGGAUAUAUUUUAUUGUCAACAUCAAAACAAGUUUUUUAAAGAUAGACACUGGCUUUUUACUGAAUUUCAAGAAUUAGCGCCACAAGGCUGGGAUGGACCUAUCAAAGUUGGGACAGAGGACCAAAACAUUGUAGAAAAAAGUUUUAAAAAGAUGACUGUAACUGAUGAUGUUAGUUUUCCAGGAUGUACGGCUAAAAUCCGAAUUAUGGAGGUUGGUUGUGGUGUUGGAAAUACUGUUUUUCCUAUCCUUCAAACCAAUAAUGAUCCUGACCUGUUUGUUUACUGUUGUGAUUUUGCUGACUCAGCGAUAAAAAUAGUGAAGAACCAUGCUUUGUACGACACGUCAAGAUGUCAUGCUUUUGUUUUUGAUGCAACCGACGAGCAGUCCAACUAUCCAUUUCCAAAGCAGUCAUUAGAUAUGGUUGUGUUGAUCUUUGUGUUAUCUGCUAUACAUCCAGACAAGAUGUUGUGGACGUUAAAGCGACUUACAGAGUACCUAAAACCUGGUGGAGUUAUUUUGUUUCGAGAUUACGGUCGUUACGAUAUGGCGCAACUUCGAUUUAAACCAGGCCGUUGUUUAAGCGAAAAUUUUUACGUUAGAGGAGAUGGAACUAGAGUGUAUUUUUUCACUCAAGAUGAAAUAGAUGAAAUGUUCACCAAAUGUGGUUUGAUGAAAAAACAAAAUAUAAUUGACCGCAGACUGCAAGUGAAUCGCGGUCGUCAGCUGAAAAUGUAUCGAGUGUGGGUGCAAUGUAAAUACCAAAAACCUCCAAUCGAAUAAAUAUUAAUCUCCAUGAAGAAUAAUCGUGCAGAUUGAUUCUGCGCGGUAAAUCCUAAUUGGAUAUAUAUUUUUUACCCACAAUGCUUUUGUUUUCAUGAAACAUGUUAAUACAUUAAUCGAAUGUUACUAGUAUAGCGGAAGUCCUGACAGAGCUGACUGGUCACUAUUCUAACUACAGCAUGUAAAUCUUCAUGAUUGAGAGGUUGAGAGGGGCGUAACCGCCCAUAACAGCAUAACAAAUAACGUGGUGAGAAUCGUUGAUAUGAUACCAGUGAAGAUUUUGAAAAUAAAUAGUAUAAAUGAUAUUUUCAUGUCAUCUAUUGUAUAUUAAAAUAAUGUGGUGUUUCUUCUGUCAGCAAUUUACAUGAAGGUCACUACAGUUUUUGUUGGUGGAAGGUUAUUGAAACGAUUUUUUUGCUGAAAUUGUGAGAAAAAAAUUGUUAAUAUAAACGUAGCUAUGUUUGUUUAUAAAAAUUCCGUGAAAAAACAACGUGUUAAAUUUAUGGUCCAACUCUCCACCCCACUUUAUGGUCAAACUCACCCCACUGCUUCCACUCGACGACAAAACGGACACUGUCCAAAAGGU